UACUGUACAAUACAAAUAGAAUUUAUGUAAUUGUUGAUUAGUUAAACAACAGAAAUGAAAGUUAAAUGUAAAUUAGAUAGACCACUUUCACCAAUGUAAAAUAUUAAUUAAUACUGUUAAUUAGUUAAACAACAAAAAUGAAAGUUAGAAAGCAAAUUUGAUACAACCAAUGUUAAUUAAUUGUUAACUAAUUAAAUAAUUAGGAAAGGGAAUACAAGUUGUCGUAGCUGAAGAUGACCACACGUUUACAUUAGAUGAAAAAGCUCUGGCCGAAAUUUUGCUUGAUCCCCGCAUUAGAAAUCGCAAGGUCAUGGUCGUUUCAGUUGCCGGAGCAUAUCGAAAAGGAAAAUCGUUUUUGCUAAACUUCUUCCUCAGAUAUCUCAACUCGGAUGGCAAGGAAAACUGGAUGGGUGAGCCAAAUGACCCGCUGAUUGGAUUUCAAUGGCGGGGUGGUUCCGAGAGGUUGACAUCGGGGAUUCUCAUCUGGAGUGAGCCCUACAUCAUUAGGAACAACAAGGGGGACGAGGUUUGUGUGUUGCUGAUGGACACGCAGGGGGCAUUCGAUAGUCAAUCAACUGUGAAGGAUUGCGCUACUGUGUUCGCUCUGAGCACCAUGCUGAGUUCGGUUCAGGUCUUCAACAUCACUGGAAAUAUACAGGAAGAUGAUUUGCAACAUUUAGAGCUCUUCACUGAAUACGGAAGGUUGGCUCUGCAGACUUACGAGGACAAACCAUUCCAGACUCUGCAUUUCCUGGUCCGUGAUUGGCAGUACCCCUACCAACACCCCUAUGGAGCUAAGGGAGGAUCCGAGAUACUGGCCAAGAGAUUAAUGAUCAAUCCGAAGCAGCAUAACGAACUUCAGAAUCUUCGUCGCCAUCUUCAGGAAUGCUUCAAGGUAAUCACCUGUUACCUAAUGCCUCACCCCGGCCUCAAAGUUGCAACUGAGAGAGAUUUCAUUGGAAAGUUAUCAGAUAUCGACGAUGAGUUCAAAGUUCAGGUGAAGUCUUUCACUGAAUCCAUCUUUCAAUCUGAGCAUGUUGUCAUUAAGAACAUCAAUGGCUCAGAUAUAACUGGCAAGGAGUUGAUUGAAUAUUUCAAGGCAUAUUUGAAGGUGUACCAGGGUUCAGACCUUCCUGAACCAAAGUCCAUGCUGGAGGCCACAUCGGAAGCCAACAACUUAGCCGCCGUUGCCACUGCGAAAGAUUUCUAUAAUAAAGAGAUGGAGAAGGUAUGUGGUGGCGACAAGCAGUACAUGAAGAUGGAGCAGCUGAAGCAGGAGCAUGAGAGGUGGUUCUUCGCGGCCAUCAAGAUGUUCAAGGACACCCGCAAGAUGGGAGGUGCGGACUUCUGUGCAGUGUACGAGAAGCGGCUUGAGAAGGAUCUGCUCGAAAUGUACGAUGCUUACCUCAAGAAUAAUGAGGCCAAGAACGUAGCGUCAGCCCUUCAGACGCCAUUAGUUUUGGUCUUGUUGGCGGUCGUGGUCUACAUAUUAUCCGGUGUCUUUGGUUUGUUGGGGGCGGAGUCAAUCGUGCGCUUAUUCAACAUGGGGUUGGGGUUGGCAGUUCUGCUAUUGGUUGCCUGGUCCUACUCUCGAUACACAGGUCAGUUUAGGGUGGUCGGUGAGUACCUCGAUGCUGGGUCCAAGUUCGUUUGUGAACAUGCAAUGAAAAAAGUGCCUGCUGAGAGCGUCACAAACCUGGCCAUCAACGCCGCGAAAGGUGCCAUGACAACUGACAAGAAAAGAAACUAAUUGAUUGAUUGAUUGAUGGGUUGAUUGGUUGAUUGAUUGGUUGGUUGAUCAAGUGAUGAUUGAUUCGCUAACAAACUAACAAACAAACAGCUUGCAACAAAAAUUCUUUGUUUAUAUUUUUUUGUGGUUUGUUUUUUGCAUGUAGAUGUUUUGUUUCGUUUUUGUUGUUGAUUGAUUGAUUGGGUGAUUGAUUGUUUGACCCCAAACUCUGCAUUGAAAGCUAUUUAUUUCUAUUCUAAAUAAUUUUUUUUAUACAAAUUUUUUCGAUAAUUUAUUUUGGCCAGUUUAUUGAUAAAAUAAUUCAACUAAUAGU